AUGUCCACCCCUGCUACAUCACAAAAAGUUCUUUCUCUCUACCGUCAAUUCAUUCGCCACGGCAACAAGUUUGCAACCUACAAUUUCAGAGAGUAUACUCUUCGUCGAUCCCAUGAUGCGUUCAGAGCCAACAUGAAGGAAACCUCACCGGAAAAGAUAUCUGAAUUCAUUGCAAAAGCUGAAAAUGAUUUAGCUGUGGUGAAGCGUCAAUCGGCUAUCAGUCAAAUGUUCAGUUCAGGCGAUCCUUUAGUGGUAGAGGCCGGUCCCAAGAUCCACGUUCAUUAA